GGCCGGCCGAGGCUCAUUGCUUUGGCGCCGUCCGGGGAGCACGGUCCUGCGGUUGGCGCGCCGCGCGCGGUGGCAGCUCCUCUCGGAGCGCAGCCGACCCGCAGCUCCGGGCUCCGUCUCCCGUGCCCAGUGCGCGCCGGCGGCCGGCUGGAGGCCGGAGCAGCGGCAGCAUUCGGAGCAGCAGCAGCGGCCGCGGCUGCUCCGCCGCAGCCGUCUCCGCGGGAGCAUGGAGUGCGCCCUGGACGCCCAGAGCCUGAUCAGCAUCUCCCUGCGCAAGAUUCACAGCUCCCGGACCCAGCGCGGCGGCAUCAAGCUGCACAAGAACCUCCUGGUGUCCUACGUGCUCCGCAACGCGCGCCAGCUCUACCUGAGCGAGCGCUACGCCGAGCUCUACCGGCGCCAGCAGCAGCAGCAGCACCAGCAGCAGCAGCAGCCGCCUCACCACCAGCACCCGCACCCGCACCAGCCCCUCCCGUACGCGGCGCCCGGCAUGCCGGCCAGCGCGGCCGACUUCGGCCCGCUCCAACUUGGUGGCGGCGGCGGGGACGCGGAGGCGCGCGAGCCGGCCGCCCGGCACCAGCUGCACCAGCUCCACCAGCUCCACCAGCUGCACCUCCAGCAGCAGCUGCACCAGCACCAGCACCAGCACCCGGCGCCCAGGGGCUGCGCGGCGGCGGCGGCGGCGGCCGGGGUGCCCGCGGGCGGCGCGGGGGCGCUCUCGGAGCUGCCCGGUGGCGCCGCGCUCCAGCCGCCGCCGCACGGCGCGCCCCACCGCGGGCAGCCCUUGGAGCCGCUGCAGCCGAGCCCCGCGCCUCCGCCUCCGCCCGCGCCCGCCGCGCUCUGCCCGCGGGACCCUCGCGCCUCGGCCGCCUGCUCCGCGCCCCCAGGGGCCGCCCCUCCGGCUGCCGCCGCCGCCGCCGCCUCCCCGCCCGCCUCCCCGGCCCCCGCCUCCUCCCCCGGCUUCUACCGGAGCGCGUACCCGGCCCCCUCGGACUUCGGCGGGCACUGCAGCAGCCAGACCACCGUGCUGGACCUGGACACUCACGUGGUGACCACGGUGGAGAACGGCUACCUGCACCAGGACUGCUGCGCCUCCGCCCACUGCCCCUGCUGCGGCCAGGGCGCGCCGGGACCCGGCCUGGCCGCCGCCGCCGGCUGCAAGCGCAAGUACUACCCCGGCCCGGAGGAGGAGGAGGACGGCGAGGACGCGGGCGACCUGGCCGCCGAGCCCCCCGGGGGCGCCCUGUUUGCCCCCUGCAAGCGCGCCCGCUUCGAGGACUUUUGCCCGGACUCGUCCCCGGACGCGUCCAACAUCUCAAACUUGAUCUCCAUCUUUGGCUCGGGCUUCUCGGGGCUGGUGAGCCGGCAGCCGGACUCCUCGGAGCAGCAGCCGCCGCCGCUCAACGGGCAGCUGUGCGCCAAGCAGGCGCUCGCCAGCCUCGGCGCCUGGACGCGAGCCAUUGUCGCCUUCUAGGGACCCCCGAGGGCGCGGGGGCCCGCGGGGCUGGGGCCAGACAAAGACUCGGCCGAGGGGGCGAGGAGAGGAGGGAAGGAACGGGUGCCCGGCCACUCGGGGCUGAGCCCGGGGACACGCAGGGGAAGGCGGCGAAUGUUUUAUAAAUUGUAAAAUAAAAAGAAAAGAAAUCUUAA